GAAAUUUCUCAUCAAUCUGCCAGUGCCGACUACAAAUUUAGGAACAAGCUGAAAAAAAAGAUUUCACGAAUAUUAUCACUUAUUACCAUUUCUGAUUUGUUACCUCCGUUUUAAUAUAUAAUCAAUCUUAAGCCAGAAUGCCUAAGAAAUUUGCAGGCGAGAACAGUAAAGCUGUGGCGGCUCGACAGCGAAAGGAAAAUACCAAACAAGAAAAAGAGCAAAAAAUUAAGAAAAUCGUCGAGGAUGCCGAGUGGGAAGAUAACGAUGAAAAGCUAAAGAAAAAACAACAGAAAAAAGAAGAACAAGAGAAAAAGCGUCUUGAACAACUUCAGAAGAAAGCUGAAGCAAAGGCUCUUCUGGAGAAAGAGAUGGAAUCAUUGAAGGGUAAAGUUGCCCCACCACCACCUAAAAUUACUCGUGCACAAAUUACACAAAUGAAAGAAAAAUCUGUCAAACCAGAACCAGAGAAGCCUCUUCCAUCAAAAGUGGUUGUGGAGGAACCUCCACUGGUGGAGAAUCUAAACAGACUACAAAUUGAUGGUGAUGUUGCCCAGUCGGUGGAGGAGGCUAUCUUUAUACUUACUGACAAAGCUGAUGUAGACAAGCAUCCAGAGAAGAGGUUGAAGGCUGCUUAUACAGCAUUUGAAGAAGUUACACUGCCAAGGUUGAAAGCAGAAAAUCCAACUCUCAGACUAUCGCAACUAAAGCAAAUGUUAAGGAAAGAGUGGUUGAAGUCUCCACAGAAUCCUCUUAAUCAAAAAGUAUAAUGAAAUAGUGGGUUAGAGAGUGCAACUGUUGACUUAUUUCAGGUUCACUUGGCCUAAGGUUGAAAUCAAUUUUAUUGAUUAUAAAUGUUGCAAAAUACGAUUUCAAUAAAAACCCACUGAAUAUCUAAAUAAUUUAUUAUAUAACUAGUAUCUAAAACUUAAAAACAAAAACACAUUAAAUAUUGUAAAUAUCUUAA